UUUCACUGCGUAAGCGAAGAAAAUGGACGGCUGGUAGCAUGGUAGCUGAAUAAAUCUAACAAAAACACAAUAUACAUCGAAGGUCUAAAGAGUAACAAUCAGAACGACCAUUUGCACAUCCUGAAAACGUUUGACUUUAGAAAACCACAGUGUUGCUGCUCAUGGAUGUCGAUAUAGACCCAACAGAGGGUACUAGUUCAGUUAACAAUGACGAUAACUCAGGUGAAACAGAGGAACAGCAGAACCAAGCAGAACGGACCGAGUCAGGCUCUAAACCCACCAUGUCGCAGGUUAGGAAGUCCUGGGGCUUCAGACGGACGACGAUUGCUCGAAGGGAGUUCAUAGAGGAAGUUGGAGAGCUAAACCACGGUCCUCCAAUUGUUCGAAGAGGCAGAGGUCGAAGAAGCAGCCAGACACUAGACAUGCCCGCAGAAACCCAGACCACUAGGAAAUCUACUCGAACAGCUAAGAGUGUUUUAGAGGAUCUCCAAUGGUCUGCUCCCUCCUCUCCUGUGUCCGAGGAUAGCAAGCCAGCCUCAGAGGCUUCCACGGGUGCGGUCUUUGAUCCUAGCUUAUGGCAGGAUUUUGGAUCUGCCUUCCACACCGCCUUCUCUCUUCUUGGGGGGGAUGAAGGUCUCUCAAUGACAGAUGCACUAUCAGUUCCUGACUCUUUAGAAGCCACUGCUCCACAAACUGUAAGCGAAACAGAGAUCCUUGAUACGAUAGAUGACACAGAGAUUACACAGCCAGCUGCUGCUUUGGAAAAUAUGGCUGAAGAGGAGAGCAGCGAAGUGGUUCUCAUCUCGAGUCCAGACGAGGACAGCGAAGAAAUGCCUCUGUUACAUAUUAAGGAGCAGCUUCCCUCUAGUGGCAUGCAGGCAAAUCUAAAGAUUCAAGGUGGGAAAGGUGGAAGAGGAAAGGCCAGAGGAAGGGGACGAGGCAGAGGAAGAGGUAGAGGAAAGGCGAAAGGUAGAGGAAGAGGUAGGGGCAGGGCAGCGGCGCUUCAGUCAAAUAUAGCAGAUUAUGACAGCGAUGACGAGGCGAUGCUUGUUAAUCCAGAGGUGCAGCAAUGUUUGCAAGAGGAGGAAAAGCAAAUUGAUCCAAACAUCCCCGCAGAAACAGAAAUUUCACCUGCCCACUUAGAUAUUUCUCUGAAUAGUUCUCAGCAGUCAGACUGUAUCAUUUUAGCCGGUGAUUUUAACCAGAGUAUUGCUGUAACUCGUGGGCAGUUUGAUGAUGCACCACAUGAGAUGGAAGGAGUGGAGGAGACGAAAGAUGUCGAAAUUACAGGAGAGCAUCCAAGCAUAUCUGCCACUGAAGAAUACGAGUCGAAUAUCCUGUGCUGCAUAUGCCACCUGACUCAAAAUAAGAGGUUCAUGGUUUGCUGCGACAGUUGCCACCAGUGGUUCCACGGUGACUGCGUCGGUAUCAGUGAGACACAAGCCUGGAUCGAAAGGAAGGAGCAAGAGUACACGUGUCCGACCUGUACUUCAGACAAGCAGAGCCACAUGCAGUUUGAGUCUCUCCUCCUGCCAGACCCAGACCUCCUCUUUCCUGAAUGUUUGUUACUAAAUCCUCCUGAGGUAGAGUUGGUGCAGCUGGAGGAGCAGCAAAUUCUCAAGGAGACUGUAAUAGAGGAGGAGGAGCCUCUGGUGACGAGACCAGAAGCUGAAUCUGUGGCUGAACCUGGACCUUCUGCUGACGCUGAUCCUGUUGCUGAACUUUUAAUUGAAGCUGAACCAGCAGCUGAAGUUGAACUUGCAGCUAAAGCUGAACCUGUACCUGUACAAGACAUGGAGACAGACGUCUCUCUCCGUCUGUGCACUGGGCCUGGCUGCUUGAAACCAGCACUGACAGAUUCUGUUUAUUGUGGCACUGACUGCAUCCUUCAGCAUGCUGCAGCCACCAUGAAGACUCUCUCUGGCCCUCGAAUGCCGAAGUCCAAAGGAAGGGCACAGAAAAAGCCUGCAGCACCCAGAAACACUGCAAAAGCUCAAAUUUCUGUUCGGACAUCCAAGAGAUUGGCAGAAAAAGCUUCAGAUGCCAAUGAAGAGGAGAUGUUGGAGGAGAAUGAGGGGGAGCAGGAGGUGGCUGCUUCCCCUGUAGCCUGCGACCCCAGUCUCACAGAUGUUCAGUCCACCACAUCACCAUCUAAGUCAAACACCAAGUCUGAUGAAGUCAGUCAAAACCUAGAGACUAAAAAUGAGGUCUCACCUCCUGAGAAACAGGGUCUAGAGGACACCUCAACAGACGGUUCUCUCCCUCCCCAGCCUGUACUUGAGGAAGCUCCAUUACCGAGCCUCGCUGAAGAAGAAGAACCUGAAAGCAGUGUUAUGCCACAGAAACAGUGUGUGGAGGAAAAAACUGCAACACCACCUGCACCUGAACAACCUACUCAGCCUCCAGCUGCACAGUCGUCAGCCACAUCAGCUGCCAGACUUCAUGAGACCGGUGCUCUAAUGGUUACAAAGACCUCGUAUGUUAUCCCAAAAAAACAGUCUGUAUCUCAGCUUCCAUCCAGCAAACCAGCCUCAACAUCUGGCCAGAAGCUCUCUUCAGCCCCAGCACUGCUGAACGAAACCCGGAAUCUGCUUGUACCACCAGCACCCAGUGCCCCUUCGUCCAGACCCUCUCAGCCCAACAACCAGAUCAGACAGAGCAUCCAGCGCUCCCUCACAAGCAUCCUGUUCAAGAGGAUCUCUGAUUGUGAAGAUCUGGAAAUGCCUGAGAGUGAAGUUACAAAGCUUGUAGCUAGUAUCGAGAAGGAAAUGUUCGACAUCUUUCGUAACACAGACAGCAAAUAUAUGAACAAGUACAGAACAAUUAUGUUUAACCUGAAAGAUCCAAGAAAUAAGGGUUUGUUGUAUCGUGUCAUACAUGGAGAAAUUGGUCCCUUCAGACUUGUCAGAAUGAGUCAAAAAGACAUGCAGGCUACGAAGGCACCUGAAAUUAUGGCUAAAGAAACAACACAGGUUAAAGAUGAAGAUGUUAAAGUGAUACAUUUGAAGAAGCCUGAAGCAGUGAAAGUUGAUUUGUCAAGCUUGAAACCAGUUCGACCAGACAGAAAACCAGAGAAAAUGGAACAGAAAAGGGUUCUCCCUGCUCCACCGUCAAAGCUCAGACCUAACCAAUCAAGCCAGGGCAACACGGGACCAGAUAUUCUUUCUUGCAUGCUAAAGGACACUACAUCGGAACACAAAGCUCACCUUUUUGACCUGAAAUGCAAGAUAUGCACAGGCCAAAUUAACUCUGCAGAGGGUGAAGAACCUUCUAAGAAAAAGCUCAAGUUAUCUGUGCCUCAAGAUAAGAUUGAAUCAUCUUGGAGGAAGUCUGCAAAAGAUGACUCCCCUCUUCAAGCACCAGCUGACUCUCUUGUUAUGGAUUCUCCACCACCGUCACAAAUGGAGUCUUCGUUCCACAUCAUGGACUCUCCAAAACUGACAAUUGUAGAAUCGCCUGCUUCCCCAAUAAUGGAGUCUCCAGCCUCUCCUACGUUAGAGUCUCCUGCUUCCCCUGUUAUGGAGUUCCCUAAGUCUCCAACUUCAGAAACAUCUACAGCAGUGGCACCAAUAAAAUCAUAUACGCCUGUUGUGAUACCGACUGCCUCCACGGUAACCAUCACAAGACGUGACCCCCGAACUGCAGCAAGCAGGUUCACUGCAUCAUCUGGUGGAAUCACUAGUCCCAAUAAGACAAGUGUUAACCAAGCAGCUUCUUAUGCUCCUAUAAAAGAAACCUCUACCUCCCACUCAGCACCACCACCUAAACCAUUACCUAAAUCCAUCUUGAUGAAGCCGUCUUCCUCUGCUGACCCCAGACUUUAUGGCACAUCCUCAAGGAUGAUGGUCUCCCAAUCCCCAGCAGAUGGUGUUACUGCACAGUUUCUAUCCAAACAAGAAAUACUGUGGAAAGGCUUUCUAAACAUGCUCACUGUUGCCAAGUUUAUGACUAAAGGAUAUGUUGUUUCAGGAUCUGGAGAAAGUCUUAAAGCGGAUCUACCUGAUACCAUACAAAUUGGUGGAAGGAUCUUGCCUGAAACCGUGUGGGAUUAUGUUGAGAAACUAAAGACGUCAGUUACAAAGGAGUUGUGUGUGAUUCGGUUUCACCCAGCGACAGACGAGGAAGAAGUGGCCUAUGUCUCCCUGUUUUCCUAUUUCAGUAGCAGAGGACGUUUUGGUGUGGUUUCCAAUGUCAGCCGCUCUAUCAAAGAUAUUUACCUUGUCCCACUGAGUGCAAAGGAAUCAAUCCCCUCUAUACUACAACCUCUUGAAGGGCCAGGUCUUGAAAAAAACCGACCCAAUCUUCUUUUGGGUCUAGCAAUUGUCCAAAAGGCAAAACGUUCUGGAAGCUUGCCCCAAGAAGUUGAAGAGAAGAGACCCAAAGUUAACAUGUCCAAAGACCCUAUGUGGAUCCCAAAACCACCUGUCCUCUAUGGCUCUGACAAAUUGGAGGUAUUUCAGCCCUAUGAUCCUGAGACUCCUGUUAGUUCCUCCCCACCUGGUUCACCAUCUUGCCCUGGAUCACCGUCAGAUUCUUCCUCUUCUUCAGUUUCUAUACCAUCUAUUAUGAAUUCAAUAAAAGCAACUCCUUCUGUCUCGUCCAUGACUACUACAAAGUCCUCAACUGACUGUAACCUGAGCAAGAAUUCUCCAUCAGCUUCAAGUAAUAAAAAUCCACUGCAGACAAUUUUGAAGACUUUGUUCAAGGAUAAGCAGUCUGACUUAAUGGGCUCCACUGAUGAAAGUCCUCCAAAACCAGCAGUAAGUGCCAAGAAGACUCCAGUGUUAUCUCAAGUGUCUGGAUCAAUGAUUGAUCCAAUUGUUCAACAAUAUGGACAGAAAUCCAAAAUCAAAGAGAUAGAAGAAGAAGAAAAAGAAAUUGACUUUGACAGACCAUAUGACCCUGAAGAGGAAUAUGAUCCUGCAAUGAGAUAUAAAAUGUUCCCCACACAAACCACUGAAAAUGUUCAGAUAGAAUCCUCCAAAAUUUCACAUGAAGAUGAUGUGGCCUAUGAUCCAGAGGACGAGACCAUCUUUGAAGAAUUUCAAAGUGAUGUUGCAUUAACAAAACCUGCUGUUUCAACUCAAAAUUUAGGUUCUUCAUCAUGCCCAGCACCAGUUUCUAGUUCCUCGCCAGCACAGAGUCCUAGUCCAGUGGCUUCACUAAAGCCAAACCUUACAGGCACAAUAGUGGUCUCAGCUGAAACAUUGAGUGAACAGCAGAGGAUGCUUGAGGAGCUUAACAAGCAAAUUGAAGAACAAAAGCGUCAGUUGAAAGAGCAGGAAGAAGUACUGCGACAGCAAAGAGAAGCUGUGGGUAUGUUCAUGGCUCACUUUUCUGUUUCUGAUUCCUUAAUGUCUCCUCCAUCAAAAGCAUCAUCACUCAGCCAGCAGUCAUCUGGGCAAGAUUCUACAAAGCAAACAGAAUCAAAAAUUUCUAAUCAAGCUGAUAUGUCCAGCAUCCCUACAGAGACUGAAAAUAAAUCAACUGUAAAGUCUGAAACUGUUAAGCCAGAAGAAACAACAAGUGAUGGUCAAAAAUUAAAAGAUGAUAAAAAUACAGUUUUGGGGGAAGCUAGAAUACCUGGUAAAGAAUGUGAAAAGGAAUCCUCUGCUGGAGAGAUUGAAGACUCGGAUGUAGCUUAUGAUCCUGAAGAUGAGUCACUUUUUGAUGAAAUCCAAGAGGAUGUAUUUAAAGGAGGAAUUGCAAUGACCAAUGAGUCUUUCUCAAAAUCAGGGCAAAGUUCUAGUUACAAAGGUGUUUCUCCAAAUUCACCCCACUCCAAAAAACGAAGGUCAUCCCCAAAAAGGCGAAGCCGUCAUGAAAGAGAACAUCACAGAAGUCCUUCAAGAAGAUCACAGCAGCGGUCUCGAUCACGUUCUAGAAGACAUAGAGACAAGGACAGACACAGAAGAAGUGAAGGAGAUCGGUCAAGGCACAGAACUAGAGAUCCACCAGAACGAUCAGGACACUAUCGCAAAGACCGCAGUUCACGUCAUCAUUCUCAUGGGCGAAGAAGAUCGCCAUCAUCCCCACGUAAAAAACAUUCUGCAUCCCUUUCACCGAAACAGCACAGAAGACCACUUUCUCAAGUCAUUGAGAAAACAAAAGAUGCAAGUGUUUCAUGUAAUGCUCCUGUGAAAAGUGAAAUUUCAGUUAAAAAUGAUCCAGAUGGACUAACGUUAGAAUGCAAUCAGAUUGAGAACCCUUCUGAACAUGCCCCUGAAUUUGUCCAUAAGAUCAAAUUGGAGAUUUCAGAAUCUUCAGACUGUCAAAAAUUUGAGUUGGAAAAAAUAUCAUUCAGUCAUGAUGAUAAUUCGGUUAGUGGUAACUGUUCACAGGAAAAGAAACUGUCAUUGAAAGAGACAUUUUUUCAUGACAAAUAUGAAAGCACAAUUCCACUUAGGGAAAUUGAUCCACCCAUUCGAGAUUCACCUGAGAGCCCUGAUCCAGACCCGCAGUUUGUCAAACCUUCCAGCAUAGAAAGGAAUGAAUGUGCUAAGUCUGAGGAAAACAGAGAUCCUGAAGAGACUAACAGUGUUUCAGUGCCAUUAGUUAAGGAGGAAAGUAAAUGUUUGCCAGUUGAUGGCCUAGUUAUUCAGGGUGCAGGACAUGAAACAGAUACUCUCUCAGAGUUUUCAAGACCAGGUGCUGGAUUUCAGAAUAAUAAUUCAAAACCAAAUAUAAAUGAAUCUGAACACAGCGGAGCACACAUUGAUGUACAGAAAACAGAAAUUAGACUUCCAUGGCCUAGACCAGGCAUUCUGAAUCGAGUUAAAGAGAAACAAGUAAUGCAACAAGAAACUUCAACAAGUUCACUGCCAGACAUACCUGGAGAAUCAGGUAAUCAGCACCAAAGCUUCAAAAGAAUUGAUUCGUGGACAGCUGUGAGAAAUCAAAUGCUAGAUAUAGGAAAUUCAUCUUUGAAAGAUGUAAACCAAAGCAUAAAAAAUCCAUGUUCUGAUUUAGUACAAAAUUUUGAGCCAUCUGCCUUAAACCCACCAAUGACUGAAUCAAACAUACAAAAUGAAAGGGAAAAUCCAUUUCUGAAAAGCCAGCUUUCAGAUAAAACUGCACCUGAUAGUUGGUUUUUGGGGUCAAGGGAUUCUUCAUCAGUGAUGCAUCAUAGUACAGAACCAAGUGGGCAUGGCGAUGAGGCAAGCCAAAAUAUUAGCUGUCUUCAAAAUUUACCUUAUUUAAAGACAAAUGACUUUAGACCACAGUCAGAGAGCCUUGAUGCUAGGUCAAGCACAAUGGCAACAAGAUCCUUUGAGAAAACUGACUUUCAGCCUCAGAACAGUGGAACCAUGGCAAACAUUACAAAUCCAGACUGGAGAGGUCCAGGACCUCUUUAUAUUAAUCAGAAUAAAAGCCUUGGUUCACUUGAGAGACAUCCAGAUCAGAAUGUCCCAAGAUCAGAUACUUGGGAAGACCCAAACCAGGGAGGACUAGAUCCAGUCAGAACAGGGCCAUUUCUACAAAAUGACUGGAGUGGCCAUCACUUUGAUGGGAAAAGGCCCAAUUUGGAGAGCCAGGGGUCUGACAGAGAAGGUUUUAGAAACUUAGAAUAUAGAAAUCCAGAGAGUAAAGUUAGUCCAAAUGUACAGAACUUGAUGCAUGAUGAAACAGAACGAGUGAGACCAGAUUUCAUGAGACCUAGUCAAGAAACAAGAGCUCCCCAGAUGCACUUUCCAAGGCACAAAUUAUCACAACACAUAAGUCAAAAUUCUAUUGAACAAGGGCUUGAGAGAAGAAAUCCAUCAAACAUUGGAGGACCUGGCUUAAGAGUAUCAGGUUCAGACUUUAUGGAACCAGGACAUGAUGGUCGAGAAGUACCUGUGGAAUGUCCCGAGUCGGACAGAAGGGAACCUAUUGGUCCACAUUUUGAAGAAUCAGGCCCUAGAAGACAUGAUUUGACUGUGGACAGACAUGGUUCUGACAAACGAGGGUCAACUGGUCCAAAUUUUAAGGUACCUUGGCUUGAAAGGAGAGGACCACAUAUGGGUGGUUCAGAGUCUGAUAGAAGAGAUCCCAUCAUGGAAGGUCUUAGGACUGACAGAAGAGGAGAUCAAAAUGUCAGAGGAGUAAGGCCUAUUUCAGUAGGGCCUGAAAGGGGAGGUUUGUUGAAAUUAGAUGGACCAGACAACAGGAGAACUAGUCUUGUAAGGAGGGGCAGCCAUGUGGAAGCCACUGAGACUGAGAGAAGGUGUUCUGGAGGUCUAGAUUUCAGAGAAGUGAGGCCUGAAAGCAGAGGCUUAUCCAUGGAUGGUGCUGAGCAAUACAGGACAAGACCUCGAGAUCAAGAAUUUAGAAGAUCUGGACAUGAGAAAAGAAGUAUCACCAUGGAAGAGUCUGUUCCCCAGAACAGAAGAUGUGAAGGUCCAGUUUUCAGAGGACCAGGGUCUGAAAGCAGAUGCUCGUCAAUUGAGACUCCUGGGCAAGAUAGAAGAAAUACCAGAGGUCCAGAUUUUAGUAGUUCUGUAAAUAAAAUGAGAGGUCCUGACAUAGACAGGCAAGAUUCUAAUAGGAGAGGACCACGGGUACCAGAUAUCUGGAGACCAGAAGAUCAUGUAAGGCCACACUCCAGGGAAGAUGGAGUAGAAAGUGGAUGUCCAAAUUUUGAAGACUUGGGGCACAACCAGAAAGAUCCAAUCAUUAGAGUACCUCUCUCUGAUAUGGCAGGUCCAUCACUGAACAGGAGAGGGCUUGGACAUCCAAGAACAGGGAGACCAGGGCCUCAACAUGAUUUUGUAAACACAAGCUUAAGGCCUGAUAGUAUGUGUCCUGAAGCUCCUAACAUUAAAGAACCUUGGCAAGAAGAAGUGUCCUCAGAUAUGAAUGAAACACCACAUGGCUCACAGUUCAGGAAUCCUGAAUCAGUUAGAUCACCUCCAAAUAUGGAAAGUCUACAGUCUAGUAGGGGAGCACCAAGCUUUAAAGGCAUGAGGCCUAUUAGAACAUUUGUGGAGGCUCAGAGACCCAUUAGAAAAGGUCCAGGAGACUUUAUAGGACCAGGUAAUGAAAGUAGAUGUUCAGACAUUGAAAGCCCAGUUGUUGACAGGUAUAAUUCAGGAAAUGCAAGCUUUAGAGAACCUGUGCCUAAAAGACCAUGUCCAGAAAUGGACACAGGACCUAACUGGAAAGAACUAGGAGGUUUAGAUCGUAGAGAUCAAGGAUUCAGGCAACAAGGGGGGCCAGAAGGAAAUCAAAGACAAAGUGACUGGGGAGAGUCCGAACCUAUUUCAGAUAGUCCUGAUUUGGAGUUUACUGGAUCUGAUCAAACAUUUAGAAACUUUAGACCCUCAAGGCCCAUGAGAGGAAACAUGAGAGGACGAAGGCCACGUGUCCGGGGCUUUACACGCGGUAGGAGUGGUGAAGAUUUUGAGGGGCAGUGGUUAGACAGAAGAGGCCCCAAUAGAGAGGCUUUGGAAAAUGAAAGAGAACAUUCAGGAGAUAGUUGGGAAAACAGUUGCAAUUUGAGUUCUGAACCUUUCGAAGAUGUUUCACAUGAACAAGAACAAAGCUGGCAGGGUCGCUCUAACGCACAUGAAGGACAAGCUGUGCGUGUUCCAGGCCCUAUACAGGAUUCAGAAGAUGACUGGAAUGGUCCUGGUUGUAGGGGUCCAGGGCCAGUUCAAGAGAAUUCAGAUGUUCGUCCUGAGUUUAGCAGGGGUGGACAAAGACAUGAAUGGAGAGAGCUUAAUAGAGAAGGUUCUGGGCCAUUUUUCAGAGGUGAAGGUGGUCCAGGCAACAGAGGACACAUUUGUGAUCGAGGCCGAGGUAGGGGACGAGGACCAGGUAUGCAAAAGCCUUUAUAUAUGGGAAAUGACAGAAGGCAACAGAACUUCAGGGGGAAUACGAGAGAGUCUAAUGCAGACAUACCAGGAACUCAUAGUAGAGGUCCAGAUUUUAUGAACUCCCGCCUAAACAGAAGAGCAUUUGAAAUGGAAGGGCAGGGAAGUUCAAAUUUAGAAUGCUCAGAACCAGGCUACAGAAACUCAAAUGAAAAUCAGGGGUUUGAUGAAGAAAAUUCUGAUUUUGGGGAGCUAGGAUCUGAAAGAUUUGAAGAGGACAUGGAAGAUUGUCAAACAGGAUUUGAGCAUAAUUUCAGAAGAGAAAGGGGAGCUCCGAAAAUGAGACGACAAAGACCAGGUACAGGACCUAAUAAAGCAGACAUGAGCAGAUGGGAUUCAAACACAGACUUUCCUGAGUCCAAUAGAAGAGGUCCAGACAUGAGGGAUAGGGACAGGGAACACGGGCCGCUAGGUCAGUCACGCAGUGGGGAAAGAAGAGGUCCCCAUCAAGUUACUGAAAGCCACAACCCUUGUGAAAGACCUUCAGCACCAUUCGGUAGGUCUCUAGGUCCAGGUCCAGGUCCCAACAGAGGAGAAAACACACAAAGUCAGCACGUAGUACAACCCCCAAGGCACAGAGGUGCCCUACUUCCUACUCCAAAAAAAAGUCUUCCACUUCCACCAAAUCACAUGACAAGGAAUCGUGAAACACAACAAUUUGUUCACCCAGCAACGAGGGAGUCAAGUAGAGGUAGAGCAGUUGAUUAUCGAUUCAGAGGGCGUGCAAGAGGUCCAAGACGGGGAGGUCCUCCUGGUAGAAAUAGAGCAAUGGGGGAAGAAGGGGUAAUGGAGGAAGGCAAUUAAAUGUGUUUAAAAGUUAAUCUGUAGACCUGAAAUCAACAGACAGUCAUACAUGUGAAAGCAAAUAUUAAACUGGCUAAAUUUACAUAAAGCAUAGUUUUUAGUUUACCAAGACUUGUAACGUCCUUAGAAUGUAUUAUAUUUUUCUUAAGACUAGUUUUUGUCCCACUACUAUUUCAUUACAUGUAUGGUGAAUUGCAAAAGAAAGUCUGAUGUGUUUUUUUCUCCACCUUUAAGUUAAUUAUGCUCUAGUUUGUUUUGUGGUCUUAAAAGUAGAUGUUUAUGAUCAUGAGUAUCUGUAUGUACAACUUCAUGUACAUUUGUAGUCAGAAAUAACUGGAAAAACUUUGUACAGACGAUGUAAAGGUUUUGUUGCUUUUUUCUUGUUUUUAACAUAGCCAUGACGCCACUACAUUAGUGUUCAUCUGGCUUGUAUGUUCUUCCCAAAAGAACUUGUUUCAAUGUUCAGUUUGAAAGCAACAACACAAUAAAACGGCAUCCCCUUUUAAACCUGCGUUAAA